GACGCACAAGUGUGGCAGCGAGGCCGGUCUGGUCCCAGUCAGUCUAGGACGUGUUGCUGCCCUCUGGCUCUUCACAUUUCACUAGCGUAUUAUUCAUUCUAAACCGACACGCAUUACUUAGAAACCACAAUGAACAUGCAGCUGUAGAAGGCUUCUAAAUAUUGCAGAUAAUUUACUGCAUUAAAUGACUACAUUCAUUAUAUUUCACAAAUUACCAGACAAAAUCCAGUAGUGUACGAAACUUCACAGGAAGGAACAAUGUCUCUAUAUCCAUCAUUACCUGAUGAAACUACUUUCUAUCAUGUCAAGUCUACUGAACAAGCUCACUCCCUCCUCCCAACCUGUUCAGUGUGUCUGGAUGAAUUCAGUGAGAAGAGGCCCCCAAAAUAUCUUGAAUGUCAUCACACCUUCUGUGAGGAGUGUAUCCACCAGUUGCUCAAUGUUGGCAAGAUCGAGUGUCCCUUGUGCCGAAAGACCACUCAUGUCACCUCUGCAAAUGUUCUCCAGACCAACAAUGAUAUUCUCACCAUGGCAAAUUAUGGCAAUCUAUUUAUCAAUCUCUGGUGUCAUGAGUGCCAAGACACACCCAAAGCUACUUGUAUGACCCAUAAUGUCAGUAACCUGUCGGCUAUCUCCCAACAAACCCUUGGUCAACAGGUUGACAGUGCAGUAGAGGCUUGGACCCCAACAGUAAUGCGCUUAGUGGAAACAACACAGGGCUGGGUUUUAGUCGCUGUGGAUGCUACUUACUCGACCAUCACAAGCAUUUCCAAGUUCAUCACUCCAAUAACAUCUUACAUUACUGACUGGUUUAAUUCCAUCGUAGAAAACGAUGGCUCUUAACUAAAAGGAUUUAAAUGUUUAUUAAAGUGGGCUAGUAUAGUACAGUAUUUAGGGGUGUAUAAUAGUUAUUUACCAGAUUUGCUUCAAAAACGGUACCGUACAGUAUAUAUAUAUUAACAUAAAAUCUGAUGUGUUAUUAAUAUUCUUAUAAAAAUAUAUACCCUUAAACGCUGCAAUUCUGGAUAAUGUGCCAAGAAAAGCUUUCAUAAGUCAAAUUUGUUGUCAAGCAUGCUUAGAGGUUUAAUUUUACAUGUCAGGGACAUGUAUUAAGCAUAUUGCUUGAGGAUGCAAUCCUAUUUUGUCUUACACUUUUCAAUAUUUUAUAUAUAUAAAUUGUGGCACAAUGGGGGUAUUUGUCUAUGAUAGUGUGGGAAACGUCGUUAGCUGACAACUGCAUCAAGACACAACCUGUCCUAUGUAUGUGCCGCUUUGUAGUCUGGCCCAGCCCCUUUUCAUGGGUGAAAUGAUUCCCUCUACUUGUUAUCCAGGUUGUUUGGUAGAAUGCUACAAAAUAGUUUGUGAUUAACUAGUGUCUAGGUUUAUUUUUGCAGCCUAUUUUAUGUAUUAUUUCAUUGUAUUGUUUUUCGUGUACACAUCUUCAAGUUCAUGGGCUAGUUGGCAGCUAUUUGCUUAUUGGUCUGGGCUUUGCUUGGCUCUGACCUGUUGUGUUUAGUCGCCGACGACAUUUGCAAGACGGAAGAAAGUGCUCAGCUCGUAUUUGCAUUUGUGAAGUCAAAUGUGACAAUCUAUAUAUUGUUGUAUAUAGUAUGUAUAUUUAUACAGGUAUAGAUAUACUGGGUACAGUAUAUUAUAAAAUUACCUACAGUAAUUAAAAGCACAGGAAGCAAACUGCUUGGGGUGUCCUGUUACCAUUAUGAAUUUUAUGAAAUGCAGUCUUUAACUGCAUUUGAUAAAUUACCAAAAUAAAAUUUUAUAGCAUUCCUUUAACAUGUGGUGUAUAGGUUGAAAAAGCACCCAUGUCUUAGCUUUAUUUGCAGUGGGUAUUUUGAAGUGUAUCAACAUUUUCAAAUUCAGUCAUCGUUGUCUAUGUGGUGAUGUUUUUGUGUUUUUUUCUAUCCCAUUUUAGGCAGCUAUUGGAAAUCUACCCUCUCUUCUGAGGUUUCCAUCUUGUCCUUAAGUUAUAUCUUCAAGUUGCUGAGCAUUGUAUAUGCUCAGGCACUGUCAUUUAUGUGAUCCUGUGGUGAUAUUAAAAGUCACUCAAAGUUCUAUUUCCUCUGCUUGACAUGCAUCAGUGUUGAACUGAAAUCAUGCUUUGCAUGACAUUUUCCCCGCAUUAUAUUUCAUCAGAUAUUGUUCACUUCAAUUGCUCAGCCCAAGUCAUGCUGGAAGAUGCUUCAAUUUCAUACGUAUUUGUAAUUUGGGUGAUUACUUUUGCAUUAUCUGUGAAAUCAUGUAACUCUGUACUCAAUCUGCCAGGUCAUUAAUUUACACUACAGUACUGUGUAAACUUUACUGGGGCUGCCACUAGUUUAAUUUCUCCUGUCACCCUAAUGUAUCUCAUAAAAAGUCCCACAUCUAUGUCGCUUUCCAUGCCUCCCAGAUGUUUCAUCACCCUCUCUCACUAUAUAUACAAUACUAUAUAUCUCUGCCAUAACUAAACAGCUUUGAAUCUACACUGCUUAUUAGUUAACACUAUUGUGGUCAGGCCUGCUUCACAAUUGUCUAAUGUGGCCCAGCCUGCUAAGCUGCAUUGAAAUAUAAAUGUAAGAAUUGUCCUGCAUUUGCAAAGUUAUUUAUGACAUUACAAUAUAACUAUGGAUUUUACAUCAAGUUGUUAGGAAAUUACAAUAAUUGCAUAUUCUGAUGUAGAACAUUUAAGGCGGGGCUGGAUUAUGAAAUUACAAUUCAAUGAAAGAUCAUUCAUAUAUACUUAUUAAAAAAUUCCAAGCACUUACUUCCAAAUUUGUUUUGUGUACAGAACCAGUAUAACUUUUUUCAAUUUUCACUGGACAUUGAAAGUCAGCAAGGGCACAAGAUUUGUAUACAGUUCGAAUGACGACAAGCUUAUUUUUACAAUUCCUCAAAGUCUGACAAAGGGCCAGUGAAAAUUACUGCACUCUCAAUAAUGUAUACAGUUAUUACAUUUCACAGGUAUAUUUUGAUAUGUAUACUGUACUAGUAUAUUUAAUUACUAGAAGCAAAGCCAAUUACUGAGUAUAAUAGAAGCAGCAUUGGAGCACAAAUAUUUGUGCUUCAAUGAAGUGACAUUAUACAAAGGGCAGAUGAUGGUAUAUCAUAAUGACAUUACUCAAUAUUGUAUGAGCUAAUUAUAAAUAUACUGAAAUUAAUGUACAAUUUAAGCAAAGCCUUUUCCUCCUUUAUCACAAUCUGUAUGUUUUACUUUAGUCAUUUUGACUGUUCCUGGUGACAUCUAGAUAGCUGUUAAAGGUAAACUGUUCAAUGGGUUCCUUACUUUCUGGGAUGGAUGUUGUGUAACCUGUUAUAUAUUGCUAAACCACAGUACAUAAUACACAGUUCUUUUUUAUGUGAUUCCAUGCAUUUUGGAUGCUCAAUUUAUAAGAAUGUGUUGUGGUUUUCUAUUGUCGAUAUGAUCUAGUAUAUGCUUGAAUAUGAGUCAAGUUCAAAGUACACAAAGAUUUGGAAAACUAAUGUCAAAAAAUUAUUAAUAAGCAUAAACAUGAAGUUAGUCACUUUCAGUGUUAAAUUGAUAAAACUCUUCAUAAAUACUGUACUUCAAUUUAAAUAGACAAAUUGGGAAUCACCACUUUUGUUCUGUCGCAAAUUAUGUUCCAUUCUGUGCCUGCACGAGCAGUCAUUCUCAACCAGAUAUUAUUUUUAACGGAACUUAUGUAAGUGCAUGUAUAUGUAGUAAAAUAUCAUGAAAACCUUGUUUUAAUACAGCAAUAUAAAUAUGGUACAGCAGCAAAA